AAAGGCGGAUUACAGUCCGUUCUUGUGUUGUCUCCCACACUGCACAGCCAGGUAUCUGUUGCUGUGAGAGGUAGGGGCACAUACCUUAGUAGGAGUGUGGGAUUCCAGUAAAUGAGGAGAUACUGGAAGAUCCGUCUUCAGCUCAUAUCAAACUGAAUUUUGAAUUUACAGCUAUCAUUGCACAUAACGGCCAAGAUGUUCCCCUGGUCGGCCUUGUUCUCCACAGAGCCUCAGCUCCCUGGCCAGCGGUCUCCAGAGGAGAUGGUGACCGACACCCUGAUGCUGGAGCUGGGCGCGCUGCUGAAACGCACCGAGCGGCUCCGCCAGGAGAGGGCGACGGAGGGGCGCAGGCGGAGCUCUUCCGUGGACUACAGCUGGCUGGCUGCCAAUCCCCCGAAACAUGCCUACGAGCUCACCCCCGGCGAGGUGCUGGAGCUGCAGGGCCUGUGUGCCAAGAUCCCCCCUUCCCAGUGCGGCCCCGUCAUACUGAGGUUCAGGAAGCUGGUGACGGAGUUUGAGCCGGAUGUGAACGAAGUGCCGCGCAUCUUCCGCUCGGUGCUGAGCGACUGCCUGGAGGAUGAUGCCCUGGGGCUGGAGGAGGAGAGGAUGAGGGAGCAGGCCAGUCGCUUUCACAAGCCGCGCAGCAAGAGCCUGUCCCUGGUCACCUUCCGCUCCAAGUUCCGCAUCAACCCCUUCCGGGGCGGGGGUCUUCCGGAGCAGGAAGGGGAGCCGUGGCCGGUGGAGGAGGAGGAGGAGGAGGGGUUGCCGAUGGGGGUCCAAGGAAGGACCAGGAGGGUGAGGAGCAUGCCAGACAUUACCCCCAUGGAGGAGAGUGCACAAAGUUAAGGGAGGAGGUAGAGAGGAGGGGUGAGAGGGGAGAAACGGCGACGAUAGGAGAGAAGGGUACGAUGUUUGGUAGGAAGACCGUGAAGGGUGUGGCAGAAAUGCAUAUUCUCACUUGAAUAACAUUUAUACUACUAAAGCUGCAUUUAAUACAUGUACAGUUACCCGAUCAGACAGACUUGGAAAAAGUACAUAUAUGUGAUGCCUGAUACCAUAUGGUGAUUUUGUUGAUGUAAAUAUCUAAAAUAUUACGUGUGUCUAAAUGAAUGCAAAAAGAUUCCAUUGAAUCAAUACCUUAGAACUUUUUUCCAGUAAAGAUGUCCAAUGCCAUGUUUCCUAAUUUAGUCUUUGGGUGUUUCCUCCCAAACUGCAGUUGAGUUACAUUGCUUAAAUAAAUUUACCUGCUUUCAUA